AUGGCCAAUUGUAUAGCUCACCUGUAUUUAUUAUGGAGGAUCAAGCGAAGCGAGGAUGCUUUGCAGUUACCGGUGGUAGCGCCAGCACAACCACCGCCAGCUCAGGCGGCGGCGACGACGAAGCGGCUCGCAGGCGGCAAUGAAAUAGUUUUCGACACUUUUAUUCAAGAAAAGGCAAAGGAAGAAGGCGGAUGUGCGAUCUGUUUGGUGGAGUACGAAGACGGCGAAACCCUAGCGACGAUUACCUCUUGCAAGCAUAGCGAUCGGGAGAUAACAGCACCCGUCCCCACCGAUAACUCACGUCAACUUACGAUCAACCGCGAUAGAGUAUUAGUUUUCGAAACGUUCGGCAAUAAGGAUCAAGAAGGUGGGCCCCACAGCGGCGGCUGCGCGAUAUGCUUGGAGGAAUAUAAACACGGGGAUACUCUGGCGGGAAUCACUGCGUGUAAACAUAGGUACCAUGUCGCUUGUAUUACGGCGUGGCUCGUGAAGAACGAUACUUGCCCGAUUUGCCGAAGUACCGAUCUUGUUUGA